AUCAUCCCUUAGUAAUGGCAGCUUCUGAGGGUAGAAUUAAAGCAUUGAUGGAUUUCCUUGUGAAUGUAAUGGGAUUCAAGGCUUCAUUUGUUGCUAAGCAACCCUAUUUGCUAGGAUUGAGCUUGGAGAAGAGAAUUGUUCCAAGGGGUUUGUUUGUUAAAGAUCUUAUAUCAAAGGGUAUACUUGCGAAAGUAUCGGGGUUGACGACAUUGUUUGCAAGUUCAGAGAAGGAUUCAAAUAAUGAAGCAUUUUUCAGUUAUCAUAAUGCCAUGCAGUCAUGUGAAUGGAGUUGUGGAGCUUCAAGGAACCAAAGAAGGAACUGAAGCUAAAUAACAUUAGGUGAAAGGAUGCACCACUGAAAACAUGAUUGAAAAUCUGAAGAGCAUGGCAUGUUAAACGCCAAUCUUGAGGCCAGCCUACUUGAAGCAAAGAGUGAUAAUCGAGAAUAUCGAAGCACAUAUCCUACCUUGCUGCAGUAAAUGUUCAAAUGAAGCACACUGUUCCACAGCCAUUUGCCCUUGCAAUUCAAAACUGUGCUUCACGCAGAACUUCUCCCCCUCUGGCUGAAGCUGAUAUCGUAAUUGGUGUGAACAGAUCCUCUUAACCCAAAUGGUGCACAUAAUCGAAAUACGACAAAGCAGAAUCAGGUGAUCUUCUUUAAACUCCAUGAUCCAUAACCGCAUAGUAAUGAAGUGUUCUUGAGCCAAUGCAAUUGCAUAAGACAUAGGCCUUCAUCAACUUUUAUGUCUGUUAGAAGUAUAAAUUAAUGAGAACCAUAUCAAUUGAUAAUAUUAGCAAACUUUUAUUCCA